AGUUUUUGUUUGUCAUGGUCCAAGCAACAAAAUAAAAUCAAUGCAUAUGAAAUAGAUACUUCUACAAUCUUAGCGAAUCUCAAAUGCCAUAGUGGCAAUUUAAGAUGACAGCAGCACAUUAGUAGAUAAAGAUUCACCUAAAUGAAGUGUCCUGGAGCUGAGGGCUUCUGAAUAGGUCAGAUGGAUCACACUGAGGGAUCAGUCUAAACCGUGUAUGUUUUUCAGAUGUCACGGGCCAAACCGGAGGAGGAUGAGUACCGGAACAGCUCCAAAUUUAAAGUGUUCACAUUUGAUGAUGAUGAUGACGAUGAGUUUUCACGGCUGAAAGAGUCGAAGCGGGCCGUGAACAGCAUCCUGGUGAAUGAUGAUGAGGAUGAUGACGAAGAUGAUGAUGAGAGAGUCAGCUGGAGCGGGGAACCUGUGGGAAGCAUCUCUUGGUCAGUGAAGGAACCCGCCUCCAGUAUCCGCUCAGGCAGCGAGCAGAGCUUUCCCAAAAUAGACACCACUCCGUCAUGGUCUAAACAGGGGUCUGGAUACUCCCUGAGCUCCCUGUUUAAAGGUAAUCUACAUCCUUCUCCGAAUGAUUUUGUCAGUGACCUGAGUCCUGAGGAAACCGUGAGAAGAAUGCAGAAAGGACGGGCUUGUUCUCUAGAAAAGUUCUGCUCUCUGCAAGACAAACUUCUGCUGCUAGAUGAAGCCGUUGCAGUUUAUGAUGUCAACCUCAUCACUGCUGUCUUGAUAUAUUUAAAAAAGUCAUUAAGCAAAGAAAUUCUCUUUCGAGAGUUAAUGGAGAGAGAUGUGGCUUUGCGUCAUUACGUGCAUUAUUUAAAAGAAAUGGGAGAACAAAAGCUUUUGGUUGAGUUACUGAAGGCUCUUGGCAGGACAGAAGAUAUGGCGUUGAUGCAAUACAAAGAACACAUAAAUAUUAAAGAUGAAGGCCGAAGAAGAGACUUCCUCAAAAGUUGCCUCAGCCUUCCUUUCUCUCAAGAUGAUGCCUCUCAUGUUCAAGACCACUAUACACUCCUCGAGAGACAAAUAAUCAUAGAGGUGAGGGAUAAGCACGUUGACAAGAAGGCAGAUGCAGAAAUCUUUAAGAAGUUCCCUAGAAAAGCAUCCAUCCUUAAUAUGCCAAUCAUCACCACAUUGUAAUACUCCUGCUUUUAUCAUUACGGAGAGACAGAGGGAACUUUUAGCAGCCCUUCGAACAUUAGAAAAACUUUCCGGAUUUCAGAAAAGCAGUAUAUUCUCACGGCUCUUUGCGCAAGAGCCAAGUUGAAAUCCUAGUUUGAUGUGGAUAGUCUGUUCAACACCAAGAACUGGCUAGGAUACACCAAGAAAAGAUCUCCCAUUGCCUUUCACAGAGUGGUGGACAUCCUGCAGAAGAACAGCGCCCCUCUAAACGUGCUGCAGGAGUACAUGAACCUCAUCGAUGACCCAGAGCUCAAGCUCAGCGUGGCUCUGAAAUAUAAAUGUCAUGACAUCGUCAUCAAUCAAAUCAGAUGGAAAAACAGACAGUUGGAAAGAGUGACACGAGGCAGUGGUGGGCAGAUGUGUGUCAGAGCUCUUUCAUAGACAGUGUUACACAAAAAACACUAUAAAGCUGCUUAAUAUGGAGUUAAUCCUUAACAAACAGGAAUGAGAUCCUCACAGCCAUUGAACUAUUCAAAGAACCAGUGGAGCGAGUCAUUCAGAGUGAUUCUUUUGCAAAUGCAUCUGUUCUGUGUAUGAUUAAACUGCCAACUCUACAGCUGAACAUUUCUAAAGGAAGGCUAUCGCUGGUGGCUUAUGUGAAGAGCGUACUCUUUCACCCCUCACACCUUUUUGUUAGCACAUGUAUGAAAUUUAGAACAUUUCUGACACUCUUUUUAU